AUGGAUCUAGACUAUGCAUUAAGAGAACCAUGUCCUGCACCUCUUACAGAUCAAAGCUCUCUUGAGGAUAGGAGAGUUUUUGAGAGGUGGGAGCGGUCUAACCGUAUAGGUCUAAUGAUCAUGAAGAAUACAAUCCCGGAGACUUUUCUGGACACUACAUCUGAUAAAAGGGACAUUAAGCAGUUCCUUGACACCCUGGAAGAACGCUUCGUAAGAAGUGAUAAGGCGGAGACUAGUGCUACACUAAAGAAACUAGUUUCCAUGAGGUAUAAGGGUAAUCGGAAUAUACAAGAGUACGUCCUUGAUAUGUGUCAUCUAGCUGGAAAAUUAAAGAGUUUGAAAUUUGAGAUACCAGAAGAUGUUCUAGUGCAUAUGGUGUUGAUUUCCCUCCCUCCUCAAUUUAGUCAGUUUGAAGUGAAUUAUAACUGUCAAAAGGAAAAAUGGACAGUAAAUGAACUUAUCUCACAUUUAGCACAAGAGGAAGAUCGGAUAAAGCAACGUGAGGUUGAGAGUGCUGAUUUUGCAUCUUCAAGCCAUUAG